AUGGAUUUAUAUUUCAUCUUGGAAUGAAAAAACAUACAUAUGCAUAUGGUGAAACAGUUUGCGAAUGGUUAUCAUUAAAACAUCAACAAAAUUCUCCACAAAAAAUAGAAAUAUUAUCGGGAAAAUCUAUACGAAAAGUUGCUUAUGGAUCAAAUAUGGUUGUAAUAUUGACUGAAAAUGAUGGACAAAUUUAUAUAGCUGGUGAUAGUUCACAAUGGCCAAAAUCAACUGAUGAUCAGAAUGGUCACCAAAUGCGUUUAUUAUCAAAAACAAAACAAUUUAAAGAUAUUGCUUGUGGUCAUUCACAUAUACUUUGUUUGGAAGAUAAUGGACAUCUUUAUACAAUCGGUUGGAAUAAUUAUGGUCAAUGUGGUAAUGGUACAACUAUAAAUGAUUAUGAAAAUUUAAUCGAUACUGAAUUAACAAAUAUUCGAACAAUUGCAUGUGGUUGGAAGCAUUCAUUAGCCAUUACGGAUGAUAAUCGUUUAUUUGGUUGGGGUUUUAAUUUAUUCAAACAAAUCACAAACAAUGUUGGUCAAAAAAUUAAUAAGCCAUUUUUAAUGAUGGCUGAAGGUCAUUGCGAUGAUAAAUAUGAAAAUAUUUCGGCUGGUGAAUGUUUUACAUUGGCAAUUACAACUAAAAAUGAAAUUCGACAUUUUCAAAAUCUUUUUUAUGUUGAUGAUUUUAGUGGAUCAAAGUUUGGUGAUUCAAUAUCGAGAAUUCAUAAACGUAAUUUUCAAGUAACCGAAAUAUUAACAUUAUCAUCAGCAAAUUUAACUUGUAUUCUGUAUGAAAAUCAUCAAAAUUUGAUAACGAAUUUUCAGGAAAUUUUUUACAAAUUUUCAACAAUACCAAUAACAUUUGGUUGGUGUGAAAAUAUUGGCCGUUAUGAUUCAAAUCUUUAUCAUUAUUUUAUGUCCGAAUCAAUAUCGGCUACGUUUGAUUGUCCCGAUUCUGAAGUAAAUGAUUUACGAUUUGAAUUUCCACAUGAUGAUGAUAAUGAUGAUGAUACGAAAAAAGUUGCUAAAAUGGAUAUUUCAAAACCAUCAGCAUUAAAAAUUAGUUUGAAAAAUUGGUAUCAUAAAUUAGAAUUUAUUGAUCUGAAUUUCCUUCAACAAGUUACAAAUUUNGUUGUUUCCUGA